GCUCUCUAGCCCUCAAACCUCCCUCUCCCCCUCGCUGUCAUUGCAUCCAUUUUUGUGCAUUUAAGAAAUCUCCAAGAAUUACCAAACUGGAGGAAAGCGAGCUAAACCGAGUGACAGUGGGGGGUUCAGCGCUCCAGAAGGGAAGCAAACGAGGACGCGCCGGGCAUCUCUUAUUCCAACAUGCGAGUGGAAGCCCUCUAAAGGAUGGAAGCGAUGGGUUAGACGGGAUUUACCAUGUCUGCUGAAUAAAAGCCACCGUUUGUAAAAGAUGUCUGCUCCACACGGACCCCGGGGCGGCCCUGGCCCUGCUGCCACCGCUGCUGCUGCUCCCUCAGCGGCCGGCGCCAUGCCGGAGAUGCCGGACCUCAGCCACCUCACCGAGGAGGAGAGGAAGAUCAUCCUCGGCGUCAUGGAACGACAGAAGAAGGAGGACGCUAAGGAACAGUCUAUGUUAAAGAUCAAAGAAGAACCAAAACCUCAGCAAGCACAGUGGUUUCCCUUUAGUGGGAUCACUGACCUGGUAAAUAAUGUUCUUCAGCCCCAGCAAAAGUCCCAAAAUGACAAGAAGCCUGAACCAGAAGCGAAGUUACACCAGCAGUUUGAGUCGUAUAAGGACCAGGUUAAGAAGAUGGGGGAGGAGACUAAGCCGGCUCAGGACCAAAAGAGCGAAGCCCCAACCUGUGGAAUAUGCCACAAAACGAAAUUUGCUGAUGGCUGUGGUCACAUCUGUUCAUAUUGCCAAACGAAAUUCUGUGCUAGGUGCGGAGGACGAGUGUCUCUGCGGUCAAACAAGGAAGACAAAGUGGUUAUGUGGGUAUGCAACUUGUGCCGAAAACAACAAGAAAUCCUCACUAAAUCAGGAGUGUGGUUCUACGACUCGGAACCCGGUCAGGUGCGUGGAGUGUUUGAGGGUGGGCCACAGGGAAAAAAGGCCAAACUACACGACCCAUCCCUGUAUGCCCACCAGGGAGCCUCAGGGGACUUGACACCAGCGUCAGACAGAAGCAGACCUCACGGCGGGCUCCUGCCCAGACAGGCAUCCCUUGACAAUGGAACAGGGCUGAGGUACUCGGGGCCAAGUGAUGCACCCAUAGACAGGGGAGAGUCAAAGGGGAAAAAGAAAAACUAUUGAGCAGGCAUUUAUAUCCGAGCCGACACACACCUUAUCUGAGAGGCAAAAGAAAAUGGUGCGCUUUGGGGGACACUCAUUUGAAGAGGACUUGGCAUGGUGUGAACCACAGGUUAAAGACUCGGGAGUUGAUACGUGCAGUAGCACUACCCUAAACGAGGAGCAUAGCCAUAGUGAGAAGCACCCGGUGACAUGGCAGCCAUCCAAAGACGGAGAUCGCCUUAUUGGCCGCAUUUUGCUCAACAAGCGUAUGAAAGAUGGAAGUGUACCUCGGGACUCGGGAGCUCUACUUGGUCUAAAAGUAGUUGGAGGCAAGAUGACAGAAUCUGGCAGACUUUGCGCUUUUAUCACUAAAGUGAGGAAAGGAAGUCUAGCAGACACAGUUGGACACCUCAGACCAGGUGACCAGGUUCUGGAAUGGAAUGGACGGAUUUUACAAGGAGCCACAUUCAAAGAAGUUUACAAUAUCAUAUUAGAGUCCAAGCCUGAGCCUCAGGUGGAGCUGGUGGUCUCUCGGCCUAUAGGAGAUAUUCCAAGAAUACCCGACAGCACACAUGCACAACUGGAAUCAAGUUCAAGCUCUUUUGAGUCUCAAAAGAUGGAUCGCCCCUCAAUCUCUGUCACAUCCCCUAUGAGUCCCAGUAUGCUGCGGGAUGCCCCCCAGUACCUGUCAGGACAGCUCUCAAGCCAAAGCCUUAGUAGAAGAACAACGCCUUUUGCCCCUAGGGUCCAGGUCAAACUCUGGUACGACAAAGUGGGUCAUCAGCUAAUUGUUACCAUUCUGGGUGCCAAAGACUUGCCACCCAGGGAAGAUGGCCGGCCCAGGAACCCUUAUGUCAAAAUCUACUUCCUGCCUGAUAGAAGUGAUAAAAGCAAGAGGAGAACAAAAACAGUAAAGAAAUCCUUAGAGCCCAAAUGGAAUCAGACCUUUAUGUACUCGCCGGUCCAUCGACGGGAGUUCCGGGAGCGCAUGCUGGAGAUCACAUUGUGGGACCAAGCCAGGGUCAGGGAGGAGGAGAGUGAAUUCUUGGGAGAGAUUCUGAUCGAGUUGGAGACGGCUCUCUUAGAUGACGAACCUCACUGGUACAAGUUGCAAACACACGACGUGUCAUCGAUGCCACUUCCACGUGCCUCCCCCAAUGCACAACGCAGGCAGCUCCAUGGAGAGAGUCCACGGCGGCUGCAGAACAAAGGCUCAUAUUCAUAUAACUCAGGAUCCCAGAGGAUAAGUGACAGCGAGAUAUCAGACUAUGAUUGUGAAGAUGGAGUGGGGGUUAUAACAGAUUAUCGGCCAAACGGGAGAGACUUCCGGAGCUCCACCCUGUCUGUCCCCGAGCAGAUUAUGUCAUCUAACCACUGCUCUCGGUCGGCUGACAUAAACCGGGCCCGGUCGCGCUCUCCAAGCGUUCCACCGUCCUCCAGCCGCAACCAUCGCGUGUACCCAAUCUGCAGAGAGGAAGCAGUCAGGUUGCUGCGUUCCACUCGGAUGACCCGUGCCUAUUCAGAGGGUGCCUACUCCUCCGACUUUGACUAUGAGAGGAACCACGGAGCCAUGGAUAGACACGAGUUUCACAGCAGGUCCCGCUCUGCAGACCAGCGGCCCACUAUAGAACGCCUCUCGUCCCGCUCGCGCUCUUCUGAACGCCCUCACGACUCUUCACUCAUGAGAUCGAUGCCGUCUCUGCCAUCUGGGAGGUCCGCACCCCCUUCCCCUGCCAUGACGAGGGCACAUCCUCGCAGUGGAUCUGUCCAGACCAGUCCCACCAGUACUCCCAUGUCCAGCAGACGAGGGCGGCAACUCCCACAGCUUCCACCCACGGGAACAGAUAGAAAGGGACCCGGAAAGGAGGGAACAGGAACAGAGUGCAGGACACCUGAAACCCUUACUGUUCAUACAGGUAUGGACAUGGAGGAGAAGACCAGACAGAUGAAAUUAAAGUUGAACAAGUACAAGCAGGGAGCCAGCUCUGACUCCAGACUCGAGCAAGACUACCACAAGCGCUCGGGCAGAGACCCACGGGGCUCUGACAACUUGUCAGCCAAGUCAUCGGACAGUGAUGUAAGCGACGUGUCCGCUGUAUCGAGAACCAGCAGUGCCUCUCGGUUCAGCAGCACGAGCUACAUGUCUGUCCAAUCAGAAAGACCGCAAGGAAACCGCAAGAUCCGCCAGUUGCAAUCAAGAAGGCAUUCGUGGGAGGUAGAUGAGCAGUUAGGAGAGGUGCAGGAGGAAGAUGAGGCUGGAGACAGGGGGAGAGAGACUAGCAAAGAGGAGAGGGCAAAGCACGAGAGCAAAGAGUCAGGCAGUAAGAUAGAGAGAGGCCAGGAGCAUCAGGAAGAUUUGAUGGAUAAAGAAGAGGACUUGCACCAAAGGAGUGCCUCAGACACUAACCUCAGGCAGAUGGGCACAUCCGGUGAAGUGAACAUGACCAAGAGCACAAGCGUCAGCGGUGACAUGUGCAACCUGGAGAAGACGGACGGCAGUCAGUCGGACACAGCGGUCGGCACGGUAGGCACUGACGAGAAGAAGAGGCGCUCCAGUAUUGGUGCCAAAAUGCAGGCCAUGGUUGGCAUGUCGCGCAAGAGCCGGAGCACCUCUCAACUCAGCCAAACAGAAGCAGGAGGUAAGAAGCUGCGGAGCACCGUUCAGAGGAGUACGGAGACGGGCCUGGCGGUGGAGAUGAGGAGCAGGAUGACUCGACAGGCCAGUCGGGAGUCCACGGACGGCAGCAUGAACAGCUACAGCUCGGAGGGAAACCUCAUCUUCCCCGGUGUGAGGCUCUCCUCAGAUGCUCAGUUCAGUGACUUCCUGGACGGUCUCGGCCCCGCCCAACUGGUUGGCCGUCAGACUUUGGCUACUCCACCUAUGGGGGACAUCCAAAUAGGCAUGGUGGAGAAAAAAGGAGCCCUGGAGGUGGAGGUCAUCAGAGCCCGGGGCCUUGUGGGUAAACCAGGAUCCAAGGCACUGCCAGCACCAUAUGUAAAGGUCUACCUUCUGGAGAACGGAGCCUGCAUAGCCAAAAAGAAAACUAAAGUAGCAAGAAAAACACUGGAUCCUCUCUACCAGCAGCAACUGCCGUUUGAGGAGAGUCCAGGAGGGAAAGUUUUACAGGUCAUUGUCUGGGGUGACUACGGCCGCAUGGACCAUAAAUCCUUCAUGGGAGCAGUCCAGAUCCUGUUAGACGACCUGGACCUGUCCAACAUGGUGAUCGGCUGGUACAAGCUCUUCCCUCCUUCCUCAUUAGUGGACCCUACUCUGGCCCCACUGACAAGAAGAGCUUCCCAAUCCUCGCUGGACAGUUUCUCUCGAUCAUAGCAGCGCGCGGAUUACUAGCAUUGUUGUAGCAGCCAGUGUUGCGACGACAGGUCACGAGCCCCCGGUUACACUGCAUGCUUGAUGUUGUGUCUUCUGAGCCUGUUUCUAGGGGCGCAAACGUGAUCCUGUGUUUUAAGCAAAAACGUUGCGCACAUUGUGCACGUGGCAAAGUGUGUUGCAAGCACCCAGCGGCAGGGACUGCCAGGUGUCGUUGUCAUUCGGAAGGAAGCCGGGACGAACUCCUUAGCACGAGGAACUUACCAGUUCCGGGUUUUCUUCCAAUUCGAAGCCAUGGGGGUCAACAGUGGGAACCAAUGAAUGAGUUCCACAAAAGCCCCUUUAGAAUGAAAAAAAAAAAAUCAAUGUGUUGUUUUGAUUUAUUUUUAUUUGAUUUAUUUAUCUUUUUUGCUUUUGUCGUUUCCUUUCUUUCUUUAUUCUUCUUUUUUUCUUUUUUUUUUUUGUUUCUUUAAAUGUCUGUGUACUUUUAUCUGAAUGGGGUGAAGGUGUUUCUACCCAGAUGCUUGGUCACGCCAUGCCAACAAACCUAGCUACACAAUGCAGUUGUGGAGACCAACACUUUCAAAGGGAGCGGGCUUGACCUCCUCCUACAUGCAAGGGAAACGCGUCGCAUCCUCUGGGUUCAUGCGCUGAUCCAUCUUCGCUGGUAAAUCACCAGUUAAUCAGGGGCAAUACUGCAGUGGCCGCCACCGACACUCCAGAGUCUACAGUAGCAAUCCCAACCCCAUAAAAAAAAGUACAAUUUUUUUUUUUCAUUUUCUUACUUUGCUGAUAUAUUGUAUGAAAAUCCAAUUAUGAAAUUAUUUUCCCUUUUUUAGUCAAUUUGCAUGGGCACAAACUUAGCUGAAUUAAAAAAAAAAACAUAUAUUUAUUUUUUGAGGCUGUGACUUGCAAAAAAAAAAAACAAGACAAAGAAAAAGAAAUAAAACAGAUCAGCCAUUUUCAACAAUUUCUAUUAUUUUUAAAGAAAAGUUUCACUAGUGCAUGGUUUUCAAGGGGAGUGAAUGCAACAUUGUGACAAAAAUAAAGAAGACAUCCUUUAUCAUUCUUUAGACCAUUCAUGAGUCUGUGUUUUACAAACAUUCAGAUAAGGGAACUUAAAAUAAGAAAAAAAAAAGUUUGGAGUCAUUUAAGAAAAAAGUGACAAUGGAGAUAAAUGUUAGCUAUUUAUUUCAUUGUAAAAGACUCCAGCCUUAUAAGGAUAAACGUUAUGUGCAAAUUGUACAUUUCUCUUUUUCUUCCUUGUCCCAGGGUACUUCUCUUUGUAGGAAUCACUGCUACCAUCAGUUAGUCCCCUGAUAUUGUCCAAAUUUGAGGACUCUCAGUUACUUUACAGUUCUGCAUUGUUUUAAUGCGUAUUUUGUUUUGAAUUGAAUUUGAUUUUACAAGCAUGUUGAAAAGGAUUUUCUGCAACAUGUCUUGGGCACACCUUACAGUAACUCAGCAUGUUUUGAUAAAGAUGAUAUUUGGACUUUUUGCAGACUCUUGUACAGUGCAUGUGAACUUUAUUACGUUUCUCCCUCGCGAUUAAUUGAGCGGCAAAUUAGUUGUUGGUCUUCUAACGGCCAGUUAUUGAGGAUUAAAAAAAAGAAAUAAAUAAAAAAAAGAAAGUAAAUAAAUACAUUCCACCCCCAAAGUCAUAUUUUCUUUCCGAUUUUUUGAGGGAAAUAGAGUAAGAGAAAAGAGUUUUAUAUUUUAUCAAAGCAGGCAAAAAUAAAUGUGAUUUCAAAAAAGUCUAUUUAUGUUGACGCCGUUGACAAACAAACAUGCAAAAACGAUCCUCUCUGGUGCGCCGAGACAUCUGCGCGUAACGGAGGGGCAGCGACCAUGCAAGAGCUGUGGGGAGCUGGGGUUCAGUUUUACAAGCACUCUUAGCAAAGACGAGCAAAAGACCAGUUUAAACGACGAUAAGGGAUAUUGCCACAGAAAACCUUUUUUUUUUCUUCUUCUUCUUCUUCUUCUUUUUUUGAAUGAAAAGGAAAUUAAUUUACUAUAUUUUUGUUAGUUUUACUUUAAAGCCAAGACCAGUUUGUUUUUUUUUAUUUUCUAUUUUUAGUAAUUACAAACACUUCCCAUGUUUGGGAGGUUUAUGAGUCUUACAGUUGCAGUAUGUCUGAAUGAAAUGGAACCGAGGCAUUGUUCCUUUUUCCAUGCGAGAAAAAUGCAUUUUACAUCAGAAAUCAACCUCCUCCCUGUAAAAGAAUACAGUAUAUAUUUUCAACUUAAUGCUCACUGUACAUACCUUUAGAUGUCAGAAUUUGAAUAAAGCAUAAACAGAUACAUAUAUUCUCUAUUGGAGCGGGGAAAAAUGCCUCAGGAUGACAAAGACAUAUGUUAUUUAUCCUUUUUUGAAUGCCUUUUGAUUUUUCUCUUUUUGGUGCAAUGUGUUAAUGCCAAGGCUAUGUCUUGGUGAAGUAUGGUUGAGUACAGAGAUUUAUGUAAGUUAUUUUUCAAAUUAAAAAUAAAAGAAAUUGAUAUUACAUUGA